AUGGAGAUUGUGCAGGGCCAGUUUGAAUUUGUCCUUGACGAGGCAGAUGGAACUCUAUGGCUGGCCAAUGCGUCAAACCUUCGCUGCAGAUUCCUGCCGAAGUCUUCCAGUGAGGACAAGAACGGUGCAAACUCUGAAGAAGAGGUCGUCCGUUUUUUCGAGGAAGAAGAGUUUGAGGAAGAGCUGCGGGACACGGAGAAGAAGAUGGAGCAGCUGAGGAAGAGAUUCGGUGGGGAUCCUGGCGUAGCGCAUGGUGGAACAGGAGUUUCGGGCAUCACUGUCAGCGCCUCUGACCAACUGGCUGGAGUCCGGGUACCCAACAACCUUGUACGAUUUUACCAGGAGGAGGAGAAAAUGCUUCGCUACUAUGAGGAUGAGGUUCGGGUGUUGGCCCUGAGGCCUCUGAAGCCACUCGCAGAAGGACGAGCUGUUGGGCUCGGCUGCUGGUUCCGACGCUGGGUGAAGAGCGUGAAAGCCCCACGGCCAGGAAGGCUGGCCAUACUUGAGUAA